AUGGUUUUGUUUCUUAUGGUUAGGUGUUUAUGUUUAUCACACAAGGAUGUAAUAGUGAACACAAUAUUUGAGGCCUGGUAUAUUUGGUUAUUUGAGAGUACACAGUUAUCAAGGGUUUUGAGAGGAGUGCCUUUUCGGUUCUUGGAGAUAGGUUGUCAAAAAGUUCUGUGGUUCUUGUACAGUUGCAAUAGGUCUGUGGUUAGCCUGUACCAAUUGCUUUUUAGAUGUCCAUUGUUUUUACAUAUGAUGAAAGCAAUGUGUUUUGUGACUGUGAAUCAGGUUUAUUCUGUGUUUAUGUUUUAUACACUUAUAUAUUUCUGGAAUAUAACAGGAGUGCUCUAUAGGUACUUUGCAAAAUAUUACCUUAAGGGCACCAAGAUGAUUCACUCAACUACCUUAAUUCUAAUGACAGGGACAGGGAUUUUGCAUUAUGUGGAUUCUGUGCAGAGAUUGGCACCUUUGGCAGAAAAUAAGACAAUUGUAUAUCAAACAAAAGUGUUGCAAGUGAGUGACAGAAUAUUUUUGAAAAAAACAGAAAGACAAAGGGAAGAAGCAUAUUUGGAAGAACAUUUCUGCAAAUGUAGAGAUCAAAACAAUGUAACUACAAUAUUUGACAUAAGUGUACUGUCAGAUAUUUUAAAAAAUUAUAUCAGCUGUAAAAAUUGUAAUCAGGAAGGUCUUGAGCUUCAAGUCAAGCAACAUGUUGGCCUUGCAUGUGAAAUAAUGCUAUCAUGUGAUAUGUGUGACUACAAAUUUACAAGAAAACUGCACCUAAAAGUUGCAGUUUUAGCAAGGAAAGCAUACUGUGUUCCAUCUCUUAAGAGCAUUUUGUGUGAGGAGCUUAAAAACAUAAAGGAUGCAGAUGCGUGGAAACAGGAACACGUCCUUACCUCAAGUCAGAAAGUUCCAAUUACUAUCGAGGGCCAAAAAUCAAAGAUACUGAAUUUCUGUUCCCAUAAUUAUCUUGGCUUAGCUACUCAUCCUGAUGUUAUAUGUGCAGCUAAAGCUGCUCUUGAUGAAUUUGGUGCUGGACUUGCUUCAGUUCGUUUUAUAUCUGGAACUCAUUGUUUACACAAGGAACUUGAAGCAAAACUUGCAAAGUUUCAUUGUAGGGAAUCUGCUUUGCUCUACAUAAAUUGUUUUAGUGCAAAUGCUGGAUUUUUUGAAGCCCUUCUUAAGGAUAAAGAUGCUGUUUUUUAUGAUGAGUUAAGUCAUCCUUCUACUCUUCAAGGAAUACGCCUUUGCUGUGCUCAGAAGUGUGCUUUUAAACAUAAUGAUAUGGCAGAUCUUGAGCAGCGUUUGCAGCAGUUGAAGUGUGCAAGACUGAAGGUGAUUGCUACAUGUGGAGUAUUUCCAAUGGAUGCAGACGUUGCUCCCUUAACAGAUAUAUGUAAGCUGGCACAGAAAUAUGGUGCUCUGAUGUACUUAGAUGAUUCCAAUGCAACGGGCUUCAUAGGAAAAACAGGAAGGGGAACUGAGGAAUUGUGUGGCAUGAUGGGUGUAGCAGAUGUGAUUACUUCUACACUUGGAAAGGCAUUAGGUGGUGGAACUGGAGGAUAUACAGCAGGUUCAAAGGAACUGAUUUGUUUCCUGAGACAAUCUAGUCGAACAUAUCUCUUCACCAAUGCAAUACCACCUUCAUCUGCUGCAGCUGGAAUAAAGGCGCUUGAUCUAGUUAUUAAUGAUGGAUGUUUUAUAUCACGUGUACUCAAAAACACAGAAAGAUUCCGAUGUGCUAUGGUUAAAGCAGGAUUCAGAAUUGCUGGAGAAAAUCAUCCCAUCUGCCCAGUAAUGUUAUGUGAUGCAAAACUUGCACACAAAAUGGCUUCAGAAUUGCUGUGUAAAGGAAUUUUGGUGCCAGCUUUUACCCAUCCUUUAGUACCGAAAGAUAAGCCAAGAAUUCGUGUGCAGAUAAGUGCAGAACACUGCGAUGAAGACAUUGACAAAGCUGUGUGUGCAUUUACUGAAGUUGGCAAGAGUUUGAAUAUAAUAAAGUAA